AUGAAUCUCCGAUUCCUUGGUCCCGCCUGCUUUGUGGCCACUGUCCUUGCCACGGGUGGCAUCUACAACCAGCCGAAAGUCGAGUCUUUUGUGGCCAUUGAUAUGCGCGUCAGCAUUCCCAUCAAUACGACCAUCCCCGGCGGUAUAGUGGCCAAGGUGCCCAUUGUAUCUGGCGACCUCAGCGGCCGUUUCAAUGGACAUCUCGUGCAAAACAUUUCCACUUCGAACGAGGCGAUGUUGCCUCUGACGGAAGGAGAACACAGCGAAAGCAACGGUGACUUGAUCUUUGAGAACGACAAGGGCGAACGGAUCUUUGCCAGCCUGCGAGGCUUAACAAGUUAUGCCAAUAUGGCUCUCCAUGGAUUUGGUUCCGCUUUGCUGAAAACUGAUAUUGAGGAAUUUUACUGGGUCAACAAAGAAGUGUUUCUAGUAGAGUGGGAGGGUAAUUUUAACACCGGUCUCGCCCAGUUUGAGCUAUCCACCCUGACUACCGGGGGUCGCAAGGACAACCAGACGAUUAAAGCCUUUGAACACCCGAAGUGA